ACCUCCUUGGCGGAGGUAAAGAAAAACAAACUAGCAAAAAUAAACAGUUGCAUGGACCCCAUCUUUUAAUUGGGCCAUUGACUACAGCACAAGACCAGCUGAAGUGACGCACAUUGGUAAUGGGCCCCAUGUUUAACAACGGACUGCGGCUGUUACAGUUUGGUUUGAAUAUAGGCUUAGAGCUACUGGAAAAUACUGUUCUUGUAACAAGUGCGUGUAAAUUUCGUCUUUGACAACGUAUAGAAAACAUCAAAUACCAUAGGUAAUUGAUAAGCAGACGUGAAAGGCUGAUAAAGGAAGACCUGUCCUUCGUACCUGAAGUCCGGAGAAUCAGUUAAGAGCCAUGGCAGAGAAUACGUCACCAGAACAGCAGUGCAAUGUGGCCAGUUCACCUUAUAUUUUGCUGGUGGAGGCGUGCUUGUCGGCAGAAGAUGCGAAAGUUCCGUCUUCUCUUCCCGACCUUUCGGACGCUGAAUGCGAUGCAGCCUCUCAGUCCGGUUCAAAGGUGAAGAUGGAACCGAAGCCUGCGAGCCUGUCCAAGGAAGCGGAGCUGGACUUGCUGAAGACGGUGGCUGAGCUGGCGGAGAAGAAGAACGCCAUUUUGACUCAGGAGCUCGAGCAGGUGGAGAAUAGCCUGUUCGAGGAGGAGAAAGAACUAAAAGAGAUGGAAAGGAGAUAUGAGGAGGAAUCUGCCAUUGAUAAAGCCAUGGAGUCGUUGUUUUUGCUGUUGCCGAAAAAUGACCUUCUAGAGAGGGGAAAGAAACUGCAAAAAAUCGCCAGCAAGUUCUCCGACACCGAGCUACCUCAGUGCGAGUCCAAUCUGAAACUGCUGAGUAAAUCCUUGGACGGUUACAUCAGCAAACUCACCCUGCAGAACGAGUCCUUAGGGGUGGCCUUGGCGGAGAAGAGGAGAAAAGUACGCCAGUUGUGUUGUACAAUACGGGCUGAUGAAGAUUACCAGAAACUGGUAACAGGCAACAUAAAUAAACUGGAGAUGCUAAUUGAAAAAAAUCAAGUUCGUCAUAAUGAACAGAUGAAAGAGAGGCGUCAUCAGCUGAAGACUUUGAAUAAAGAAUUAUCUGAAGUUGAACUGCUUGCAAAUCAAGCGGAGAUUGCAUGUAAAGCCCUGUCAGCUGCAAGAAAUAAUGAAUAAAUUACUUUUUUCUAUUUUCUCAAAGGAUUAAAAGUUAUUCUUUAAUAUUUCAGGGUUUCUGUAAUUUUGCGCUUGAUAAUGAAAAAAAAAGUUCUUUGUUGAUUUUAAUAACGAGAAUGCCUGAUUUUUUUUUAGCUGCUAGUGUUGCUUCAAUAGAUAUUAUUUCGGUUAUUUGCACUUUUGUAAAACUAGUAUGGGAAGUUUGUGAAUGUUUGUAACGUGUAGUAUAUAAUUCCAUUUAGAUGGGUAACUAGGUGAAGUGAAAAUCGUAUUUGUCUAAAAGCAAUUUUUUCUCUUUUCGUUUUCUUUUUUCUCUUCUUUUUUCUUUUCUUUUUUCCCUUUUUCCUUUCUUUUUCUUUUUGAGUUUCUUGAAUUGCUAAAGUGUCUAGUUUGCAUUUCCUGAUAUCGAAUUGUUUUUAAACGGGAUAACCGAAAAGCAACAUACUUCAGCCUGAAUUUAUUACUUUCUACCAGAAAGAAAGUAUAAUGAGUGUAAACAGGAUCAAGCUAUUUUUUAAGUUUUAUAAUCUAUUUAUUUAAAUCAAUGUCAGUUUCUUUUUUUAUUAAAGAUCUUAUGCAAUGUGAAGGAUUUUAAAAAAAUCAUUAAAGCUUAAACUGACGAUUUUUUUUAAUUUUUGCUUGGAAAGUAGAUUAAUUUACCUUUAUACAUGUGUGAUAAGUUGUCAUGCCUGCUUUUUGCCCACGAGUAUAAGAAGGAGAAACAGUUUGUGCAGACUCGGUAAGUUUCAAAUUAUCUGGAAACGUGUAAUUUUUA